GGCACCAGCCCCGCCGCACCACCCCGGCUUUCCGGACACAGAGAAAACACCCUCCGGGAGAUAUAAAUAAACCCCAACGCGCUUCCGUCCGCAGCUCCUGCGACUCCUCCCAGGAAGUCCCGGGAGCAGAUGAAGCGUUUCGAGGAGAGGGAGAGGGCAGCAUGUGUGCCCGGGCAGCCUGGGCGGCUGGGACGGCCUUUCCCAGCGUGAACCAGCGCAGCCCAGCUUGAUGUCCGUGCCUGCAGCAGGGGGACAGCAGGAGGUGUGGAAUGCUCAGGAGAGCGGGACCGUCCCUGCGUCACUUCUUGCUGGAGAGGAAGAGCAGUGCUGGAUACAGCUCCUGCUCCAGAGAGGCAAAAAUGUCAAGGCCAGUUCAAGCCCGGAGGCUAGAGGGAAUAGAUAAGAAUAUCUGGGUGGAGUUUGUCAAACUGGCUGCUACCUAUUCCAAGGUGAACCUGGGCCAGGGCUUCCCUGACUUCCCUGCACCGGAGUUCCUGCAGGAGGCACUGAAGCGAGCCCUCAGCGGGGGGAACCACAUGCUGCACCAGUACACCCGGGCCUUCGGACACCCUCCUCUGGUGACCGCUCUAGCCCAGUUGUUUGAGAAGCUGCUUGGACGAGAGGUGGACCCCAUGACCAAUGUGAUGGUGACUGUGGGGGCAUACCAGGCCCUUUUCUGCUGCUUCCAGGCUUUCGUGGAUGAAGGUGAUGAGGUGAUCAUCAUUGAGCCCUUCUUUGACUGCUAUGAGCCAAUGGUGAAAAUGGCUGGUGGGACACCCGUGUUUGUCCCGAUGAGACCGAAAGCUCCAAAAGAUGGAAAAUUGAUGUCUAGUGCAGACUGGCAAUUGGACCCAGCUGAACUGGCUUCUAAAUUCAGUGAAAGGACAAAAGCCAUCGUCCUGAACUCACCCAACAACCCUCUGGGCAAGGUGUUCAGCCGUGGGGAGCUGCAGGUCAUAGCAGAGCUGUGUGUAAAGCACGACGUGCUGUGCGUCAGCGACGAGGUGUACGAGUGGCUGGUCUACGACGGCAGGGAGCACACCCGGAUCGCCAGCUUGCCAGGGAUGUGGGAUCGCACGGUGACCAUCGGGAGUGCUGGGAAGACCUUCAGUGCCACUGGAUGGAAGGUGGGCUGGACUGUGGGGCCCGACAGGCUGCUGCGGCACCUGCGCACCGUGCACCAGAACUCGGUGUACCACUGUGCCACCAUUGCCCAGGAGGCCGUGGCUCAGGGUUUCCAGAGGGAGCUCACACUCUAUGGCAAACCAGAGAGCUACUUUGUCCAACUGCCCAGGACGCUACAGCAGAAGAGAGACUUGCUGAUCCAGAGCCUGGUCGCUGUGGGCAUGAAACCCAUCAUCCCCGAGGGCACCUACUUCCUGGUGGCCGACAUCUCCGAGUUCAAAUCUGAUGUCCCCGAGGUCCCCAACGCGGAUGAGCCCUAUGACUACAGAUUUACAAAGUGGAUGGUGAAGAACAAGGGCCUUGCUGCCAUCCCGCUCUCCGCGUUCUACAGCGAGGCCCACAAGAACAACUACACCAAUUUCAUCCGGUUCUGCUUCGCAAAGGAUGAAGCUACGCUGAAGGCAGCAAAUGACAUAUUGCAAAAAUGGAAAAAGGAGAAAACCAGUUCCUGAGUGCACCAGAGAGACAACCAGGACCCCUUUGGUCCUCACCUGCCCUGACUGUUCUUCUUCCUCCUCUUUACCUGUCUACAAACUUUGAUACCUUCUUACUUUCUGUGCUUUCAGCCAUUUUCUGUCAGACAAAUGGGUGUGAGGUUUGCCAGGCCCUGGAUCUGGGAACACUUUCAGCCACUGUGAGACAGUCACAAUAACUUGGUGUGCACUGAGAGUAUUUGAUGUUUCUUACAUUUAAAGACUUUGCCGAUCAGUUCUG